UUGACAUGAUCACUGUCAUUCGCGGGCAUUGUACAUCUGGGUCGGCGUGAUAGGCGAUUUACUGAGCGUCUUCUCAAAGGUUGUUGAAUUAAAAGUGAUUGGUUUACAGUCUUUGAGAAUGAGCUUGCGUGUUAUACCGUGUCGGUCAUUUUACUCCUCACUGACCAAAGCCCGUACACUGUGGGGCCGAUAGGGUCCUGCUUACGCUUGGUCCAAAGCCGCUUCGUCAUCGUGAUGCAUGGUCACGGGCAUUGGCCGUCGAGCGAGGAGUCGGCGGGGUGCGCUGCAUGCUGGGGAAACAUCAGGAGUGAAGUGUCGGCGUUUCGCGGUCAUCUCGUAGAGCAUCUUUUACGUCAUUUGUAAAGCAGGUGUCAGCAUGUGACAUGAGGGAAACCUCAGCUACCAAGUUGAUAUUUACAUCAACACUGGCACAUUAAAACUACUAGCAAGGGCCCUGAGUUCCAAGAAAGAUAAUUCAUCUCAAUGAUGAAUCAACACUGUUCAGGGUUGCAGUUCUGCAACAUAAGUGCAGAGGGCUGGACAUGGAACAAUGAGAAAACUCACCUCAAGCUUUCAGCUUGACGGUGAUGGCGAAUUUCAGCACUCCAGACUUAGCUCUCUAUGCAGACUGACUGAAGGAGAUGGGCGGAGAGGCUUGUUCAUCACGCGGCGAGCCCCUGGUCGUGGGAGCUGCCUGCAGCAGCGUCACCAUGUCUACCGGCAAUGUCAUCUCGAUGCGUGGCGUGCGCCGCCGCGCCGGCCAGAGCAGCACCGCCGAGCUGGUGUCUUCUCUGGACCACAUGCUGGACAUUUAUCAGCCGACAAAGGACGAACUCGACCAGUCUUCAGUUGUUAUGGCAGUGCCGUGCCCGUGCUACAGCGUCAGCCUCGGUGACGAGGAGCGCGAGCCGCUCAGCAUCACCGUCAAGCUGUUUCCCAACGGACUGAACGCCGAGGCGGUCGGGCACGCCGUGGAGCGAGCGCUGACGGAGCUGUCGGUGGAGCAGAUUGAGGCGAUCGUGCUGUCAAACCCGGUGCCCUGGGACGAGACGAGCCUGCAGCAGCUGCUGCCACUCUGGAAGGUGCUCGAACGCUUCCACGCCCAGCAGAAGGUGGCGUACCUAGGCCUGGCAGAUGUGGAACAGAGUCUCUUCGAGGCCGUCUUCGAGUGCGACCGGAUUGAGGUGAAGCCGUCGCUGAUCCAGAUCAAUCUGACCAACUGCUGCUCGGUGCCGGAGGACCUGCGCACGUUCUGCAGGGAGCGGGAGGUGCAGAUUCUGACGCACAACGAUGCGCAGGAGAUCCUGCCGGACGGGGUGCUGCGACCAGUGCUCAGCCGACACAUGACGCUGGCUGAUCCGGACCGCUGGGCGCUCGUCUGGUCACUGCGCUACCUGGUCAUGGUGCAGCACAAGGGCGUCAUCAAGAACAAGGGCUACGUCGUGCAUGUGGCCCGUUCGUAGAAGGCCAGCCGUGCGCCGCCCCAUCGCCGCCGUCACCGUCGGGCGCACCCGAGCUGGGGCUGGCGCCGGCCGCCGACCGCGCCGGGACGGUCGCCGCAGCCGCCAGGUGCCGUCCUGCUCUCUGAGUCACGAUUAAUUGCCGGCCCGGACGGCGGACGGCCUUUGCCCGGCCAGCCCGCUAAUGAGACAUGGAAAGGCCAUUUUAAGGGCGUCCGGAUGGCCGAGCUGGUCGGCAGCGGCGGGGAUGGGAGCUCACGGCGGGCGCUGGUGCCGAGGGGAGCACUGACACGUGCGUGUACGGGUGGUGCGAGCUAAGUGCGCGGUUCGCUUCAGGAGCGUGGCCGCUGGCUUCGGCCAGCAUAGAUCCACCGCUCGCCUACAUUCCCCUGCGGGUGCGGGUGCACCGUCGGCCGCGGGUGGGGCGUAGCGAGACUUAGCAUGGCUCGUAUUCUUUGCUCGCGCCCUAAGUCUGCUGUACUCACCAGUUAUGUAGCAAUGUAGCACAUCAGGGAUCAAGUGAGGGCAUUGUAAGCAGGGUUAGUGGAAGGGUGUAGAGUUCGUGCAGCCGCCCCAGAACGGACAUUUCGUCCUGGAAAAGUGUCGAAGUGUUGCCUUUAUGUACGACAACCCAGCUCGGAGCUCAAGGUUUUAAGGCUGCUAGAUUUGUUUACGCUCCAGAUGUUUGGUCUAAACCAUUUCGGUGUUGGUUCUAAACCAGUCGAUGGAAACUCUCGUACGAAAAUGGCGUUAUCCUCGUACCGUGUGGGUGGCAUUAAUGCGGUUUCUAUCUUGGCGACGAUACCGUUAGGUAUUAUUUGAACAGUAUGAAGAAAGGGCAUGGUUCACCAAAGCACUGCUUAACGAGAGUUGGCUAUGCGUUGAGAUUCGCAUGCAAAGGCCUAGGGCGUGGAUAGUGCAAUAUCUGAGUCGCCGUUUGCACAGUUGUUACAUACGCUGUCGGAGGAAACAUUCACUCGCGUUUCAGUGUGCUUGUAUACCUCGCAUGUGUGUAUGCAGACAGCUGAGAGUUGAAUAUACAACACGA